GGGGCCGGGGCAGCUCAGGGUCCGCUGUACGCAAACAGAGUUACUGCGCCUGCGCUGCACUCUGGAGCAGCAGAGGAGACGAGGGAUCGUCUAUCCGCAUUUUGGGGACAAAAAGAGAUAAAUCACCCCAGACGGACUUGCAGGAAUCAUGGGGAGUGUGUUCCUGCAGGCGGACGCAGCCCACUCUGUGCUGCGGCGGCUGCGCAGGGCAAACUCCUUGCUGGAGGAGUUGAAGCAGGGUGACAUCCAGAGGGAGUGCCGCGAGGAGAUCUGCACCUAUGAGGAGGCCCGCGAGGCUUUCGAGAAUGACGAGAAGACGAGACAGUUCUGGGAUGAAUACGUGCGGGAGAGCAGUCCAUCUGGAGGGCUGGAGACGGUUGUAGGUGGGGUCCACUCUCUCUACUUGAUAGUGCCAUUGCUACUGGUUGUGUUCAUCAUCGCUGCUGUCGCCAUCACUGUUUGGCGCUGCCACUCCCGCAAGCGCUCACAGCGCAGCCCUAGCCUGGGACACUCGCAUCAUGACCACGUCCUGUCAGUGGUCUCUAUGGACCAUUGGGGGAGGGAUUACCACCACGGUGACCAAUCAGAACUCAGUGUCCACAGCAGCCCUGCUUAUCCAGGCUCGGAGAUCACAUCGGGGAGAGGAAGUGCUGGAGACCCGCCGCCAUCUUAUGAGGAGGCUGUGGGCCAUACAGAUGUCCAGAUAGAGACGGAGCCACCUCCACAGUAUGAGGAUAUAGUUUCCAACAGCAUUACAAGCGUCAAUGGCCAUGGGAAGUAAACCUGUCUCUCACUAUCAACUCCAACAAAACCCCUAACCUACACUAAGACUAGCAUCUAGCAGUGCCACUGCUGUGGUAUCACCAGCCUUCCUCAUUCAACACAAACAGAAGCACUAAUAACUGUCUGGUCAAUGGACUAAUUCAGUUUUUGCCAGAGCCAGCGCUGCUGAAAUUUGCACUAACCUUUUCUCAAUGAGGUGAAGUGACAGCAGGAAGGAGCAAGUGAUACUCCAAAACCAAAACCAACCAACACCUCUGCGGAGUUUCCUGACGUUGCAUCUAUGCUGUCAUACUGUAGCAAAUCAUUUAACUCUGCAGGCAUAACAAAUGUUGCAUGUGGUGUAAAGAAAAAAAAGGUUAUGACUGCCAUACCGAAGGACAAAUAUUCACAAUGUAUAUAGGGGUUGGACCAAUGCUUUAUUGAAGGUUAGUGCCAAUUUUUUAGACAUAUGUUCUUAAUAACAGAUCUUUUGUACCUAUUUUUACUAUGUUUAAAUCUGAUUUCUGUCAAAAAAUUACUGUUUCCACCUACAGUUUUGUAUAUUGCAUAUAUAAGAUCUGCAAGACCCAGAAAUAGCAUUUAGACCAAGGGAGCAUUGAGCAAACAAUACAUACAACUGUCAAGGCUAAUGAAGCAAAACAGUUAGCUAAAACUGUCUAAAGAUGCACUAAUAGUGACCCUUCUCUAUAACAAUUGCUAAUUUGAUUGUUUAUAUCAAAAGUAUGAUUUAAUUCAGGUUUAAAAUCAAGUUGCCAAACUAAUGCAUUGGCCCAACUUCGCUAUACACUUGUGAAUGUUUUUUGAGUUUUUACUGGUUGUAAAAGGGGUGCUGAAUACUAAUGCAAUUUUGUGAAUGUUUGUCAUAUGCGCUCAUAGUUUGGUAAUGCAUGCAGCUUGGUCAGUGCACUUGAGGUUGGAUCUGGCUCUACACUGUUAGUUGAUGGUCAGUGCUAGUUGGUCUAUGUUCACGUUUGGGCCGCUGACAGUUGCUCAGAGCCUGCUUUAACUGUGAAAAUCUUUCCCCACUCUUUCCCCUGCAGAAAAUGUAACUCUGUUGGAUAUUGCUUUAAAGUCUUUUGCUGAGCUGCUUUCACUAAAAGUACAUUGAGGAUUCUUCAAAUAGAUUUGCAGCUACACAGUAAAUGGAAGUUGUGGAGUGACUUGCACAGGAAUGUGGGACAGAAAGCAACAGACUGAAUAUUUUGGGAAAAGAGUUAUCAGAGAGGCUCUGUAUUUAAUGUCACUAUGCACAGAGUCCAGGUUUAGCAUGUGUAAUGUACCUGUAUAUAAAUGUAUAGUCUGUGUGUGAAAGUAAGUUACAGUGAGAUUGUUUUUACUGCAUAGGAAUGCAGUGAAUGCAUUGAUAUCAAUAUAAUGAUUAUACACUAGGUAGUGAGUAUAAGAAGGCACUUUGUGUUUAAGCUCAAAAUGAGCUGUUUAAUGAAAACUAGGACAGUCUGGUUUGCCGUCUUCAGUGUGACUCUCAGCAAUAACGAUGUCACCGUAAUCCUCUGGAAAAAAAGUGCUCAAACUGUAUAUGCAAUGUUGCUGCAUACACUCUAAAAACCAAAUAUGUGUCUAAUUUUCACUUGAUACUGAUAAUGUCACACAUUUCCUGUCUACACCUCACAAACAUUGAGCACUGAUUAUUAUCAUUGUGUUUUUUUGUGAGUUGACCUUUGAACCUCAGCACUUGCUAUGACCUUGAACUGAGUUGUGCUGAUAGGGGUAGCCAUUUUGGUUAGGUCAGUUGUUGUACUGUUACUUAACAGAGCUCUGUUUUUACAAUGCCUUAUCAAACAAACAAAAAUGUUAUAUAACAUGAAAUGCAAGGGAACUUGUUAUAAAUUCUUGAUAUGUGCAAAAGCUUGAAUUAAUUUGUAAUAAAACAUUUUAAACUGU